ACACCCAAAAUCUAUCCAGGAAGCACACGUCUUGAUCCAAACUAAGAUGUUGAACAGAGCACUACCUUAAAAAUUUGCAAUCCCCUCAACACAAUUCUUCUUUUCCAACUCAAACUCCAUCAACAAUUCAACAUCAACACCAACUUUUCAUCCUUCUUUCAUACCAACCACUCUCACAACAUUAACAAUAAAAGAUUUCAACUACACUUGCUUCGAUCUCUUCACUCAAAAUCAAACCUUUCCCUCAAUCGUUCCAUCAACUAAGGAGCUUUUAGUGCUGGAGAAAACAUCACGGAUGACCAGCACUUUCAGUUUGAGGAGAGUAAAGGGUUUGGGAUAAUGGAAGGUGAGAGCUUUUCAUUCUGAACUAUAAGCUCAAUCGUCAAUUCUUGUCCUUUCUUUCUUUAUAUGUAGUUUUUUAAAGAAAAGAAAGGAACCCGUUUGGUUGAUGAGAAAAUUAAAGAAAGAAAGGAAAAAAAGGGGAACUUUUGACAUUGUGACUUAAAUUUUAAGACCCCUUUACUCAACUCAGCUGAGCCUUACAUCUGAAUAGGAAAUUAUAUAGUCUAAUCCUAUAACAAAGAAAAACUACUGGUGGUAUUCAAACUCCAAAAGGCCUUUGCCAUCUUUCGAUGUUGUUAGUGAACAAUGCACUUAAAACUCUUCAUGUGCAUACACGUCGAGUAGCCUCAAGAACUGUAUGCGAAUACCACUUGCCGUUGAAAAGAAGUCAAUGUACCUAUCACUCACCAACCAACCCCACACAUGUAAAUCUCCUCACAAUUGCCUCAAACUCCAAGUCUCUACUCCAAACUAAACAAACCCAUGCCUUUGCACGCCUCAAUGGUUUUCUUCCUGGAAGUGUUUCUCUUUGUGCAACUUUGAUCCUUCGCUAUGCCGGCUUUAAAGAACCCAAUGCCUGUUUCCUUCUCUUUGAACAAACUAUUAAUUAUUGCCACACUGCAUUCCUGUGGAACACUUUCAUUCGGGCUCUAUCGGUUGCCUGUGUUCAUGAUGGUUUUGUUACCUACAAUCAAAUGGUUAGGACUGGAGUUUCGCUUGAUGAUCAUACCUUCCCUUUUGUUCUAAAGGUGUGUGCCGAUAAUUUGGAACUUCAAAAGGGUAUGGAGAUUCAUGGGCGUCUGUUCAAACUUGGUUUUGAAACGAAUGUCUUUUUGGGUAAUAUCCUAUUGUUGUUUUAUGGUAAUUGUGGGCUUUUGGAAAAUGUUAAGAGUGUGUUUUAUGAAAUGCGUGAGAGAGAUAUUGUAUGUUGGAAUACAAUUAUAAGGGUAUUUUCGGGUAAUGGGUGUUAUGUGGAGGCCCUUGAUUUAUAUCGUGGUAUGAUUUUAUGGUCUGGGUUUAAACCAAAUGCAGUUAGUGUUGUCAGUAUAUUGCGAGUUUGUGGGGGCCUUGCAAAUGAGGUCAUGGCAAAGCAGAUUCAUUGUUAUGCUGUGAAGAAUGGGUUAGAUGUUCGGAUUACUAUAAGUAAUUCACUGAUUGAUGUGUAUGGGAAAUGUGGAAAUGUGAUGGCUUCAAGGAAAGUUUUUGAUGAAAUGGCAGAAAGGGAUCAAAUUUCUUGGAAUGCCAUUAUCACUAGUCUUUCUCAUACAGGGUGUAACAAGGAUGCUUUAAAUAUGUUUAGGCUGAUGAUUUGUGCAAGGUUGACGCCAAACUCUAUUGCCAUAUCUAGUAUUUUACAUGUGUUGGUUGAAUUAGAGUUAUUCAGUUUAGGAAAGGAAAUCCACGGGUUCAGUUUAAGAAUGGGCAUAGAAUCUGAUGUGUUUGUUGCCAACUCAUUGAUUAACAUGUAUGCAAAAUCAGGCCAUCCAUCUGAAGCUUCCUAUGUAUUUCACUAUAUGCCUGUAAAGGAUGUUGUUACUUGGAAUGCCAUGAUUACUAAUCUUACUCAGAAUGGGCUUCAGUUAGCAGCUCUGGAACUAGUAAGAGAAAUGGUAGUCCAUAACAAGAUUCCUGACUCAGUCACUUUGACAAGUGUUAUCCCAACUUGUGCACGAGGUGGUUUCCUUCAUCAAGGAAAAGAAAUCCAUGCAGUUACCAUCCGUAAGGGGUUCAACUUUGAUCUGUUUGUCACCAAUGCUCUGACAGAUAUGUAUGCAAAAUGUGGCUGCCUAGAUCUGGCUCAACGUGUUUUUGAUAUAUCCCUUAGGGAUGAAUUAUCUUAUAAUAUAUUAAUAGCAAGCUAUGCUGAAACUAGUGAUUGCUCAAAAUCUUUGAGUUUAUUCUCAGAAAUGGGUCUCAUCGGUAUGAUGCAUGAUGUGGUUUCCUUUGUGGGUGCUAUAUCAGCUUGUGCAAAUCUAGCUGCAAUCAAGCAAGGGAAAGAGAUCCAUGGAGUUGUUAUGAGAAACUUUUUUCACGCACACCUCUUUGUUGCUAAUUCACUUUUGGGCUUCUAUUCCAGAUGUGGUCGAAUUGAUAUAGCUAAUAAGAUCUUUGAGCGGAUUCCAAAUAAGAAUGCAGCCUCUUGGAAUACUAUGAUUUUGGGUUAUGGAAUGAUUGGUGAGUUGGAUAUUGCUAUCAAUCUCUUCGAAAAUAUGAGGGAAGAUGGAGUGGAAUAUGAUUCAGUUUCAUAUAUUGCAGUUUUGUUGGCCUGUAGCCAUGAAGGAUUUGUUGAGAAGGGGAGGAAAUACUUUGAGGAAAUGCAAGCUCAGAAUAUUAAGCCGACGCAAAUGCACUAUGCUUGUAUGGUUGAUCUCCUUGGACGAGCUGGCCUUAUGGAAGAUGCAGUGGAACUUGUAAAAAAUUUACCCAUCAUACCAGAUGCCAAUGUUUGGUGUGCUUUGCUUGGGGCAUGCCGAAUCCAUGGUAACACAAAGUUGGGAUCUUGGGCAGCCGAGCAUCUGAUUAAGUUGAAACCUGAACAUUGUUGGUAUAAUACUCCUCUUUCAAACAUGUAUGCAGAAGCUGGGAAAUGGGAUAAGGCAAACAAGAUUAGGGAAUUGAUGAAGUUGAUCGGGGAAAAGAAAAAUCCUGGUUACAGUUGGGAUCAAAGCAGGGACCAGGUACAAGCAUUUGUAGUUGGAGAGGUAAUGGAGAACUGCACUGUCGGUCAUCAGCAUGCAGAAUCCUGUUAAAUUUGUUAAAGAAGAAAGCUGAGUUUUAUUGUUUUUUGCUGAUGUCCCUUAUGCACUCUCUGAAACGUCAUUUGGGAGAUGAGGCAGUAAAGGAAUAAAAAGUUCUAUUCAAUUGACUUUGAUAUGAUAUUCAAGUCUUUAAUCUCCAGGAGGUGGAGAAGCUUGCUUAGUAUUAAGUGUUGGCAGCAUCAAUAGUGAACCAGAAAAGUGAAAGUGAAUAACAGAAAUUUUAUGUCUGUAGAAGACCAAGAGGAGAUGAAUUGCAUCAAACUUUGGCAGUUUGGCUUAGUAUGUACAGUACUUGAUAGAUAAAUACUCCUUUUUUGGCUUCCUUACCAUCAUCUUCAAUAGAGUACUCUCCAAGCCUGCCAGGAAUUUUCUUGUGCACACUUAUAAAACAAACAAAAUUCAGAUUGAUUCAUUUAGAUUUCUUGUGUGUCAAAUAAUUGUUUUAAAUUGCAAUUUUUU